AUGGCAAACGGUGUAAAGGAUUUGAAGACAAAGACGAAAGUGUCCGAUGAGAAUAUUCCCGACGAUGCUGCCUCUGAGCGUGUAGGAGAGAUAUGGACGGCAGAAGAAGAGUCGAACGUAGUGCGCAAGAUUGAUUGGCGCUUGAUGCCUCUUAUGACUGUCGCUUACAUGCUCCAAUUUCUCGACAAGAUCACCUUGAGCAACGCUUCCAUCAUGGGAAUCAGAGAGGACCUGAAUCUGAGCAGUUCCGAGUACUCGUGGGCGAGCAGCAUAUUUUAUUUCGGCUACCUGGUGGCUGCUUACCCUGCAUCGGUUGGGCUGGUAAAGCUUCCCCACUCUAAACUAAUCAGUAUUUGCAUUAUAAUAUGGGGGGUUAUUUUGGCACUUCACUGUGUGCCCCAUAACUUCAUUGGUCUGGCCAUCUUAAGGUUUCUGCUCGGAGUCUUUGAGAGUAUCAUCUCCCCUGGCUUCAGCAUAAUCGUCAGCGUGUGGUAUAAACAAAGCGAGCAUGCCUCUCGACACAGCAUCUGGUUUGCUGGUAACGCGGGAGGGGCCAUCGUUGGCUCCUUUGUGAGCUUCGGUAUUGCUCACAUUUCCAGUUUUGCACCUUGGAAGGUUUUAUUCAUCUUGUAUGGUUCAUUAACAUUUGCUUGGGGCAUCGUGCUUCUUCUCUUUCUUCCGGAUGGGCCGUCCCAGGCAAUGUUUCUCACUUCACAGGAACGCGAAAUCGCCAUUAGUCGCACUGCUGGGUUCGAGAUGGACACACGGCGAGAGUACAAUAUGAGUGAGGUCAAAGAAGCUUUGGGUGAUCCCCAUACCUGGCUCAUUGGAUCUUAUUCUCUGCUGACGUGUUUUCCCAACGGUGCACUCACGUCUUUUGGCAACAUCGUCACGAAAGGGUUCGGCUUCAAUACGUUCAACACGCUGCUGUUGCAACUUCCAAGCGCCAUUUCUACUACACUCUUAAUUCUUCUCACGGGAUGGCUUGCCAGCAGAUACCAGCAGAUUCGGUCUUGGUUGAUCAUCUCUCUCUUGGUAUUGGGCAUCAGCGGCGCGAUCAUGGUUCGCCAGAUUGACCCCUCCAACAAGGCGGCGCGGUUGAUUGGCAUGAUACUGUUUGCCAAGUUCACCUGCGGCUUUCCAUUGGUCUUGUCACUAAUUGCUUCAAAUGUGGCGGGCCAGACCAAAAAGACUGUCGUCAGCGCCAUCUUCUUUGUCUGUUACUGUGUAGGGAAUAUUGCAGGACCCCAGGUUUUCAUUGAUAGCGAAGCACCAGGAUAUCCGACCGCCUUUGCCACAAUAAUCGCCACACUUGGCUUGGCAGUCAUCAUCUUGCUAGCAUUAAGGCUUCUUUUGAGUCGCAGAAACAAAUCACGCAACGAAGCAUUUGGUAUCCCUUCCGAGGACGAUACAACAAUGCUUCACGAGAGUCAUUUGACCGACUUUCAACGGGAGAAGAGUUUCCGGUACCAGUACUGA